GGGCAAACGGUUACGAUGAAUCAGUCGUGAAAUACACGUUCAGCUGCGCAGUUGAGUUUCAUUCAGUUUAUUUGCUUUUACUCGCUAGGCGAAAGGAUUGACGAUUGAGUUGAUUGUGCUGGAAAUGUAACCGUGUUAUUUUAUUAUUUUACCAAGUUCAAAAAGACUGAUUUUUGUUACAAAAAGACUGGAGAAUAAUUCUAACAAAAAUAGAAGUGUUCAAAGAUUUUAGUGCUCUAAACUAGUGGCCAAGAAGGACUGUUAAACGUGCCCAUGGUUAAAAGCGCAAAAGAAGAGCGACAAUUUCACAACCCAGACCACGAACGGUGUCAGUUUCGUUUGAAUAGUUAGUGACGUCAUUUGAAGAUAGCCCUUGCUGCUGAUCAUCAGUUUGUAUCGCGGCUGUUCCGGAAAUACAGCUUAGUUUGAAGCAGUAAUUAAACCUACCAACAGGAAAUCCGAAUGUUUGAUAAAGAGACGGGAGAGUUGGAACUUGGUGCAUUCCAUGAUGGUGGCUUGUACUACGACCGGGAGACAGGCGAAAGCAGUUCCCAACCUACGUAUGUGGUGCGACGUGAGCGCUCAAAGUUCACCAUACCGAAGCAAUACCUGAGGAGCUAUGAGCAAACCAGCAAUGGCCGCAAACAGGGCUGUAUUUCGAAAGUCAACAGCAGCUAUCCGCUAGCGAGUCGGGAGAAGAUGAUGCAUUUGAAGGAGGAAAUUAUCCUUGGCUAUAACAAGACCAGUUAUCUGUUACUGUUGAUUCCACCGCUCUUUAUCAUGCCCAAAUUGGCUCUAAUGCUGAUCCUGAUUACUGAAGUGGCGCUACACAGAUGGGCUCACAAGAAGAACGCAUGUAAUCAGAAUCCGGAAACCUAUUACCGAACUCCGCUCCACAUCAUGACGAGUCAAUUCUGUGGAAUCUGCCGACAUGAGCGGCAGAUGGAUUGGAUCGUUAAACUACAGGACAAACGGAUGAGACAGAUGCAAAAUUAUUUCCGAAGAGUGACAAGAACAAUUGCUUAAAAUAGUUCGGAAAAAACAAAUAAAGGAAAAUUAUUUUGUUUUAA